UCAUAAGUAUGACGCGCUGGUAGUUUUUGAAGGGCACACCAACAAGUUCACCAGCUAGACUGGAACCCGCGCGCUCAUUCCUCACUCAUAGGUUUUGCCUUCAGAGCUAGAUAGGGCCAAGGACAUAAUCAUGUCGGGCUUGAAUCGUUCCUUCAAUUUCCUCAGAACCACGCUGCGACCCCACAUCAUUCCGAAAGCCAACGUUUCGGCGAAGCCUGCCAAGCACCCUCUGACUGCAGGGGAGCAGGCCAUUGGGAUGCUCGCCAUGUUCACUGUCAUUCUGGUGCCAUCUGGCUGGAUCCUGGCCCACCUGGAGGACUACAAGAAACGGUGAAGCGACCCAGAGCGACGUUGACGCGCCAUGUCGACCCCGAGACUCCGUCCUGCCUCACAAAAUCACACACCUUUUCCAAAGAAAUGACUGUACUCUGACCAUGCAUGCUUCCCAGAAGCUCUUCAACUUUGUCAAUAAAUGUCCACCUUGAAAACAAAACAAAACAAAACAAAAAAAACAGCAGUCAUUUCUGGAAUUAUUUCAAUGUAUGUUGUAACAGGGGUUCCCACAACCCUCAGUCACUGCCUUUUUUAGUUGAAGUAACUGCAGCACUUUUACCUUGCUAAGUGACUGCCAAGCCUGGUCUGCUCAGUGCACUGAUAUUCUAAACAAAUGACCACCUGCGCUGUGUUUAUACAAUGGAGGCCAAUGGCGACUGGCAUCUGCAGCCCAGAACACCCCCAUGCACACGUGUGUCUGCUGAGCAAAUGGGUGUUGGUGCAUGCUUGCCUCCACUUCAGUAUUCCCAGAUCAAGUGGGUGUCCCUAUUGAAUAAAUAUUAAUCACAGUGAA